AAAAAAAAACUACAUAAAAAACGUCAAUAUCAUAUUUAUGUUCAUCUAAUCUAAUCUUAAAAAUAAAGUAGUCAAUAAUAAAGAAUUGGAUGAGUCUCUAUCGCACUGCCAUUUUUGCAAAACACUACAACAUCCACCGUCGUCACCGUUCUUCCGCCCCUUUCUAUAAAUCGCUGCCGGAUUCCAUUCUUUCAUCUAAUCUAAAACAGAAUUCCAUGGGGCUUUUCUAUCUAGCAAUCAAGAUUCCACAAGCAAUCACUAUGACAAUCUUCACAAAUUUAGCAUCUCAUCUUGUAUCACUCCUACUUGCAGCACUCACUCAUGUCGGCCUCUUCAAAUCGCCGCCUGAUCCCGACGAUUACACCUUCUCCUCCUCUAAUUACGUUCUCAUCUUAGACGGCUCCUCCCCCUCCCUCCUCCCUGUCCCUGUCCACGUCGUUACCGCCUCCAUCAAAGCUAAAGUCCCAAUCAUACCCUACUCCGAUUUCGCCUACAGUCAUGGCGAAUCAGAGACGGCGGCGUGCUCCGUUUGCCUGGAUUGUAUCGAUUCAACUCAUCUAAUCAGAGAGCUUCUCAAUUGUAAACAUGUCUUCCAUCGAGAGUGUUUGGAUAGAUGGGUAGACGAAGGUCAAGUAACUUGCCCUUUGUGUAGAUCUAUGCUCCUUCCACCGAAGAAAUUCUUUUCCUCCUCCUCCGCCGCUGCUGUUGUGUCCUCCGCCGCGACAGACUUCUAAUGCUAUUGAUUCGGCAAUGUAAAUUUUAGGUCAAAUAGUGAGGGAUUGAUUUCAUCUGAGGGACUCUAUGUAUGUCUACUAUUGUUAUAUCUUUUUUCAUCAGAUGAUAUAGAUUCAAGAUGCGAAUUUUGCAAA